AUAAAAGGCGUUGGUCACGAUAUCACACAGCACAGUCACACUGAACCUCAACGAGUAAACAAUCCUGCUCCAAUAAUGGCGUUCAAAUUCGUUCUGCUCGCUACUCUGGUAGCUGCCGCCAGCGCUGGUCUGCUUCCUGUGGCUCACCAUGGAUCGAUCGCCACGUCGCACUCCUCCAUCCAGCACCAUGCUGCUCCCGCUAUCCAUCAUGUCGGAUCGGUCCACGCCGCCCCGGCUAUCUACCAGCACUCUGCCCCGGCUAUCUACCAGCACUCGGCCCCGGCUAUCGUCAAGACCAUUGCUCAGCCCACGAUCAUCAAGUCUGUAGAGCACCACGCUCCGGCCAACUACGAGUUCUCGUACUCCGUCCAUGACGAGCACACCGGAGACAUCAAGAGCCAGCACGAAACUCGCCACGGAGACGAAGUCCACGGACAGUACUCGCUGUUGGACUCCGACGGUCACCAGCGCAUCGUCGACUACCAUGCUGAUCAUCACACCGGAUUCAACGCCGUCGUGCGCCGUGAGCCAUCGGCUGUGAAGAUCGCUCAGCCCGUGCACAAGGUGAUCGCCCAGCCCGUGCAUGUGUCCAGCUAUGCCCAUGCUCCAGUAGCUCACGCCACUGUCCAGCACCACCAUGCUGCCCCGAUCGCGCACUACUCCGCACCGAUCGCGCACCAUGCUGCUCCGAUCGCGCACUAUGCUGCCCCGAUCGCGCACCACGCUGCUCCGAUCGCGCACUCAACCUCCAGCAUCGUCCAUGGACCGAGCCAUCUGAGCCAUCAUCAUUACUAAGAAUCAUUCUAGUGGUGUAGUAAAGACUUCAGUUACAAAACAGAUAGUUUAUAAAAGCAUAAAUAAAAAGCGAUUUAAAAUUAUAGCUGUGUCUUAUUUAUUUAGAUGUCCACUCGAGACUAUUAUUCAUUUGGCUAGAUACACAUUUAUAAUCAAAUUAUUAAUAGUAUCAUUAUCAUCAUCGUAUCCCUUGGUCGUAGACCUGGUUUUUAGACACGACGUUUUACUAGCUCCUUUUUACUGUAUAUUUGUAUAGUUACUUUUGACAACAGUCUUUCCCCGAGUUACGCGAAUAAUGCGUUCCAGGGACAUUCGCCUAAAUCGGAUUUUCGUGUAAGUCACGUCAAACACGUUUUUUAGCCAAAAUAUAAAUGAGAAAAAUUGUUUUUAUUAAAUUAAUAAUUUC